AAGGUGGGUGAUGCCGUGAUGCUUUCGUUCGCGAUCGCGACGAACGAUCUUUUCGCCUUGCCUUCGAAGCCGUGUUCGUACUCGCAGUCACGGAUGAUAAUUUAACUAUUCCUGUAUGAAGCGUGAAUUCCCGUAAUUUAGAAGUUUAUGUGGGUUAUGAUUUUGCUACAUAAAACCUGUAAAACGACUGUUGAUGAAGUGUUAGUGCCGUGAGACGUGAAUUUGGAACGAUUGGUCAUAGUUCCCGCAAUCGAGUGAAUUUGUGUGUGCCGACGAAUUUAUGUGUGUAACCGACCGGGAAUAGCGUAUCUUCAUUUUAUUCUUGAAGAUCUUGAGUGUGGCGUGGCGGUGAGCGGUCGCGAUGACGACCGACAUAUCGGUGUCCCGCUGGGACCCGUCCAUCGGCCACGGGCAGGAGCUCAUCGAGGAGUUCGAGUACGACGGCGGCAACUCGUCCUCAAGGCUUUUCGAACGAUCGCGCAUCAAGGCGCUAGCUGACGAACGAGAGAGUGUACAGAAGAAGACUUUCCAAAAAUGGGUGAACUCCCACCUGGUGCGCGUGGGGCACCGCAUCGGCGACCUCUACGUAGACAUGAGGGACGGCAAAAUGCUCCUCAAACUCCUCGAGGUGCUGUCAGGAGAAAGACUGCCGCGCCCCACAAAGGGCAAGAUGCGUAUCCACUGCCUGGAGAACGUUGACAAGGCGCUCCAGUUCCUGCGGGAACAGCGGGUGCAUCUGGAGAACAUGGGAUCCCACGAUAUCGUGGAUGGAAACCCGCGCCUCAACCUGGGACUUAUCUGGACCAUCAUCCUGCGCUUCCAGAUCCAAGACAUCACAAUCGAAGAGACAGACAACAAAGAAACAAAGUCCGCCAAGGACGCCCUGCUCCUCUGGUGUCAGAUGAAGACAGCUGGCUACAACAACGUAAACGUCCGCAACUUCACGACCUCCUGGAGGGAUGGCCUGGCUUUCAACGCCAUCAUACACAAGCACAGACCUGACCUGAUCCAGUUUGAGAGAUUACACAGAAGCAAUCCCAUUCAUAAUUUGAACAAUGCAUUUAAUGUCGCGGAAGAGAAACUCGGACUUACCAAACUGCUGGAUGCUGAAGACAUCGCCGUAGACCACCCAGACGAGAAGUCGAUCAUCACGUACGUGGUGACGUACUACCACUACUUCAGCAAGAUGAAGCAGGAGACCGUUCAAGGCAAGAGGAUCGGCAAGGUCGUCGGCAUUGCUAUGGAGAACGAGAAGAUGAUGAUGGAGUAUGAGUCGCUUACCAGCGACCUCCUGCAAUGGAUCGAGCGUACGAUCGAGGCGCUGGGUGACCGUACUUUCGCUAAUUCGUUGGAGGGCGUGCGUCAGCAGCUCAUACAGUUCGCCAACUACCGCACUGUCGAGAAGCCGCCUAAGUUCGUCGAGAAGGGUAAUCUGGAGGUGCUCCUCUUCACGCUGCAAUCCCGCAUGCGUGCAGCCAAUCAGAAGCCCUACACGCCUAAAGAAGGCAAGAUGAUCCACGACAUCAACCGCGCCUGGGAGCGUCUGGAGAAGGCAGAGCACGAGAGAGAACUUGCUCUGAGAGAGGAACUGAUCAGACAGGAGAAGCUGGAACAGCUGGCUGCUAGAUUCAACCGCAAAGCCCAGAUGCGCGAGACAUGGCUCUCGGAGAACCAGCGCCUGGUCAGCCAGGACAACUUCGGCUUCGACCUGGCCGCGGUCGAGGCCGCUGCUAAGAAGCACGAGGCCAUCGAGACCGAUAUCUUCGCUUAUGAGGAGCGCGUGCAAGCCGUGGUCGGCGUCUGCUCCGAGCUGCAAGCCGAGAGAUACCACGACAUGGAGCGCGUGUGCGCGCGCCGAGACAACGUUCUCCGUUUGUGGGCGUACUUGCUCGAAUUGUUGCGCGCGCGCCGCGCUCGUCUCGAGCUGUCGUUGCAGCUGCAACAGAACUUCCAGGAAAUGUUAUACAUCCUGGACUCCAUGGAAGAGAUCAAGAUGCGUCUGUUGACGGACGACUACGGCAAACAUCUGAUGGGCGUCGAGGACUUGCUGCAAAAGCAUGCGCUGGUGGAAGCCGAUAUCAACGUGUUGGGCGAGCGUGUCAAGGUGGUGGUGGGUCAGUCCCAGCGCUUCCUGGAACAAGAGGAGGGCGGCUACCGGCCCUGCGACCCCGCCAUCACGGUGGAGCGCAUCCAGCAACUUGAGAACGCUUACGCUGAGCUCGUGCAUUUGGCCGUGGAGCGCAGAAAGCGCCUGGAGGACAGCCGCAAGCUGUGGCAGUUCUACUGGGACAUGGCCGACGAGGAGAACUGGAUCAAGGAGAAAGAGCAGAUUGUGUCCGUGGACGACAUCGGCCACGACCUCACUACUGUGUACCUGCUAAUCUCCAAGCAUAAGGCGUUGGAGGCAGACGUACAAGCUCACGAGGUUCAGCUUAUGGGCGUAGCGGCCGUGGGAGACGAGCUCAUCUCCGGCGGACACUUUGGCGCUGACAGGAUACAGGACCGUCUCCGCGACAUCCUGUCCCAAUGGAACCACUUACUCGACGCGGUGUCCCUCCGCAAGAACCGUUUGGACGCAGCCGUGCGCUACCACCAACUGUUCGCUGACGCCGAUGACAUUGACAACUGGAUGUUGGACACGCUCAGAUUGGUGUCGUCGGAAGACACGGGCGUGGACGAGGCGCAAGUCCAGAGCCUGCUGAAGAAGCACAAGGACGUCACCGACGAGCUCAAGAACUACGCCAGUGUCAUUCAGCAGCUCAAGCAACAAGCAAGCGAGCUAAGCCCAGAAGACGCCAAUAGCCCCGAAGUGCGAGAGCGCUUGGCCGCCAUCGACGCGCGUCACGGAGAACUAGCCGAGUUGGCUCGUCUUCGUAAACAGAGGCUGCUCGAUGCUCUCUCGCUGUUCAAACUGCUGGGAGAAGCUGACGCUGCCGACCAAUGGAUCGCUGAGAAGGACCGCAUGUUAGAUACCAUGCUGCCGCCUAAGGAUAUCGAUGAUGUGGAGAUUAUGAAGCACAGAUACGACGGCUUCGACAAGGAGAUGAACGCGAACGCGUCCCGCGUGGCGGUCGUGAACCAGCUGGCUCGGCAGCUCAUCCACGUGGAGCACCCGCAGGCGCCCGCCAUACAGCAGCGGCAGCAGGCCCUCAACCAGGCCUGGGGAGCGCUCAGGGAGAAGGCGGAAGCCAAGAAGGACGAGCUGAAGUCCGCGCAAGGCGUGCAGACGUUCCACAUCGAGUGCCGCGAGACGGUGUCGUGGAUCGAGGACAAGAAGCGCAUCCUGCAGCAGACCGACAACCUGGAGAUGGACCUCAACGGCGUGAUGACCCUUCAGCGCCGCCUGUCGGGCAUGGAGCGCGACCUGGCCGCUAUCCAGGCGCGCAUCAGCUCGCUGGAGGACGAGGCCAACGCCAUCGAGGGCUCGCACCCCGAGGAGGCCGCGCUCAUCCGCGAGCGCGUCCAGCACAUCACCGAGAACUGGGACCAGCUGACGCAGAUGCUCAAAGAACGCGACUCAAAACUGGAGGAAGCCGGGGACCUGCACCGUUUCCUGCGCUCCGUCGACCACUUCCAGGCCUGGCUCACCAAGACGCAGACGGACGUGGCUUCUGAAGACACGCCGUCAAGCCUGGCCGAGGCGGAGAAGCUUCUGUCGCAGCACCAGACCAUCAAGGAGGAGAUCGACAACUACAAGGACGAGUAUGCCAAGAUGAUGGAGUAUGGCGAGAAGAUUACUGCCGAGCCGUCCACACAAGACGACCCGCAAUACAUGUUCCUGCGCGAGCGUCUUAAGGCUCUGCGUGAGGGCUGGGCCGAGCUGCAGCAGAUGUGGGAGAACAGGCAGCAGCUUCUUGCUCAAAGCCUGGAGUUGCAGCUGCUGCAGAGAGACGCGCGCCAGGCUGAGGUGCUGCUGGCGCACCAGGAGCUCAGACUGGCAAAGACCGAGCCUCCAACGAACCUGGAGCAAGCCGAGAACCUCAUCAAGGAGCACGAGGCCUUCCUCACGACCAUGGAAGCCAACGACGACAAGAUCAACUCCGUCGUGCAGUUUGCCAACCGGCUGGUGGAAGAGCGUCACUUCGACGCGGACAAGAUCCAACGCAAGGCUGAGAGCAUCGAGGCGCGUCGCAACGCAAAUAGAGAUAAGGCUGUCCAGCAGAUGGAAAAGCUUCAGGACCAGCUUCAACUCCACCAGUUCCUUCAAGACUGCGACGAACUCGGCGAGUGGGUGCAGGAGAAGAACGUCACCGCACAAGACGACACCUACCGCUCAGCAAAGACCAUCCACUCGAAAUGGACCCGCCAUCAAGCUUUCGAGGCCGAAAUCGCGGCUAACAAGGAACGCCUGUUCGCCGUCCAGAACGCGGCCGAAGAACUCAUGAAGCAGAAGCCCGAAUUCGUCGAAAUCAUCUCCCCCAAGAUGACCGAAUUAGAAGAUCAAUUCGAAAACCUCCAGACGACAACCAAAGAAAAGGGCGAGCGUCUCUUCGACGCCAACCGCGAGGUGCUCCUCCACCAGACCUGCGACGACAUCGACUCGUGGAUGAACGAGCUAGAGAAGCAGAUCGAGAACACCGACACCGGCACUGAUCUGGCGUCUGUCAACAUUCUCAUGCAGAAGCAGCAGAUGAUCGAGACUCAGAUGGCCGUCAAGGCGAAGCAGGUCACGGAAUUGGAGACCCAAGCGGAAUACUUGCAGAAGACCGUGCCUGACAAAAUGGAGGAAAUUAAGGAAAAGAAGAAGUCUGUGGAGCAAAGAUUCGAGCAGCUCAAAGCUCCUCUACUGGAGCGUCAACAAAACUUGGCGAAGAAGAAGGAAGCGUUCCAGUUCAGACGCGACAUCGAGGACGAGAAGUUAUGGAUACAUGAGAAGAUGCCUCUAGCUACCAGCACUGAUUACGGCAACUCGCUGUUCAACGUGCAGAUGCUUCAGAAGAAGAACCAGUCUCUCAAGACCGAGACUGACAACCACGAGCCGCGUAUCCUGACGGUUAUCUCCAACGGACAGAAGCUCAUUGAUGAGGGACACGAGGACGCGCCCGAGUUCAAGCAGAGAAUCGACGAACUCACGGCGCGGUGGCGAGAACUUAAAGAUGCCAUCGAACAACGCAAGAACAACCUGUCCCAAUGGGAGAAGGCCCAACAGUAUCUGUUCGACGCCAACGAAGCGGAGGCCUGGAUGAGCGAGCAGGAGCUAUACAUGAUGGUAGAAGACCGUGGUAAAGACGAGAUCUCUGCCCAGAACCUGAUGAAGAAGCACGAGAUCCUGGAGCAGGCGGUUGAUGAUUAUGCGCAGACCAUCCGCCAGCUGGGAGAGACCGUCAGGCAGCUGACCAGCGAGGAACAUCCUUUGAGCGAACAAAUCUCCGUAAAGCAAUCGCAAGUGGACAAACUGUACGCUGGACUUAAGGACUUGGCCGGCGAGCGUCGCGCCAAGCUUGACGAAGCUCUACGGCUCUUCCAGCUGUCUCGCGAGGUCGACGACCUGGAGCAAUGGAUCACGGAGCGAGAGCUGGUGGCUAGUUCACAGGAGCUUGGACAGGACUACGAACAUGUCACUCUUCUAUGGGAGCGUUUCAAGGAGUUUGCGCGCGAGACCCAAGCGGUUGGGUCUGAACGCGUGGCCACCGCGGAACGCAUCGCCGACCAGAUGAUCGCCAUGGGCCACUCCGACAACGCUACCAUCGCGCAGUGGAAAGAAGGGCUCAAGGAGACCUGGCAGGACUUGUUGGAGCUCAUCGAGACCAGGACACAGAUGCUGGCGGCAUCUCGCGAGCUUCACAAAUACUUCCACGACUGCAAAGACACGCUACAACGCGUCAACGAGAAGGCGCGCGGAGUGAGCGACGAGCUGGGCCGCGACGCCAUCAGCGUGGGCGCGCUGCAGCGCAAGCACCACAACUUCAUGCAGGACCUCAGCACGCUGCAGCAGCAGGUGGAAGCCAUCACAGCGGAAUGCAGCCGCCUCGGCGCGUCGUACGCGGGUGACAAAGCCGCAGAGAUCACCCGACGAGCCGGCGAGGUCGCCGACGCCUGGGCAGCCCUACAGGCCGCCUGCCGCGCCAGGAAGGCCAAGCUUGAAGACGCUGAUGACCUGUACCGGUUCCUGAACCAAGUCCGCACGCUUACCCUCUGGAUGGACGAUGUGGUCCGCCAGAUGAACACCGGAGAGAAGCCACGAGACGUAAGCGGCGUCGAGCUUCUAAUGAACAAUCACCAAUCGCUGAAGGCCGAGAUUGACACGCGCGAAGACAACUUCACGGCUUGCAUCUCGCUCGGCAAGGAACUGCUAGCGAGACAGCACUACGCGACUGCUGACAUCAAGGACAAACUGCUGCUCCUCACCAACCAGAGGAACGCACUGCUGCGCCGCUGGGAGGAGCGCUGGGAGAACUUGCAACUUAUCCUGGAAGUAUACCAGUUCGCCCGCGACGCGGCCGUGGCCGAAGCGUGGCUGAUCGCCCAGGAACCGUACCUCAUGUCCCAAGAGUUGGGCCACACCAUCGACGAGGUGGAGAGCCUCAUCAAGAAGCACGAGGCUUUCGAAAAGAGUGCGGCGGCGCAGGAGGACAGAUUCAGCGCGCUACAGAGACUUACAACGUUCGAAGUGAAAGAGAUGAAGAGACGCCAAGAAGCUGCCGAAGCGGCCGAGCGUGAGAAACGCGAACGGGAAGCAGCCGAGGCCGCCGCCGCCGCCGCCGCCGCUGCGCAAGACGCCGUCGACCGCGCCGCCUCGCCGCAGGAACAACCGCAGCCGCAGGAGGCCAGUAGUCCCGCCCCCGCCCCCGUGCCAGUGGCCUCCCCGGCCACCCCAUUGGCCACCCCCGUGGCUGUCCCAGUGGCCACCCCCGCCCCGUCCACGUCGAAACAGACGCCAGCCAAACCGGCACGCCUCUCUACGCCCGGGACGAGUUCGACCCCGGCCACUCCGUCGAGCUCCGGUAAGGUGAAGUCGCGGUCCCGGAGCAAGUCUCCGUUCCGAAGCUUCCGGUGGCGCACUGCGAAGAAGCUACUGGCCGGAUCGCAUCAUAGCGACGACGAAGAGGGUGCUAGCCCCGCGGGAGAGGAUGAGGGUGUGGAGGGCACUCUGGUACGCAAGCACGAGUGGGAGUCCGCCGCCAAGCGAGCCUCCAACAGAUCAUGGGACAAAGUGUACGUGGUGGCAAAGGACGGUCGCAUGUCGUUCUUCAAGGACCAGAAAUCGUACAAGGCGGCGCCGGACCAGCACUGGCGCGGGGAGGCGCCUCUCGACCUCAACGGCGCCGUCGUCGAGGUCGCCGCCAACUACACCAAGAAGAAGCACGUGUUCCGGCUCAGGUUGAGCAGCGGCGCGGAGUUCCUGCUGCAGGCGCACGACGACACAGAGAUGGCGUGGUGGCUGGAGGGCCUGCGCGCGCGCACCGCCGCGCCCGCGCCGCGCUCGCACACGCUGCCCGCGCCCGCCAACGCCGAGCCCAAGCGGCGAUCCUUCUUCACGCUCAAGAAGAACUAAACACCGUGGGAGUUGGAGACGAGCUGCCACCGCGCCCUACGCCGUCAUGUUUCCUCAUUACGCACGCGUCCUCGCCCGCGUGUAGUGCGCGUCACGCGCGCGUCGCGCGCACGUCAGACACGCGCCCCGAAGGACGCAGCAUAUUUCUCACGACGCUUGCUGCUGUAAGCUUUGCUAAUGACGAAAUUAUGUCGACCGGCGGCACCUAUCGACUGUCGAAAAUUAUAAAUGUUAUUAUUAUUAUUAUUUUGUUGCGUACAAAUACGUUAUUUAAGACUGUAUGGUAACUGAGUGUUUGAAUCGUUUGCCUUCGUCUGUAUUUGUUGUACGGUGACGGUACCGGCGAUUAAAUAUUUAUAGAUACACGACCGAGUAUGUAUGAUCCCACCCCCGAAUAUGUAUAAUUGUUGUAAUAUGAAACUAUUAAAUGAAAUACAUAUUAUUAAAUUCUAAAUGCGACGCUAUUUAUGAAUAGAUGAUUUUAGUGUUUAAAUUCAGAUUGAGAAUAUAUUAUAUAUAUUUUAAUUAUUUAUAUAUAUAUAUAUAUUAAAUGGAGCUAGUGUAAUAUAAAUUCAGUACUAGAAAUGUAUGUCGUUCGAUUCGUAUAACAAUAAUAAAAUAAUUCGAUCUUGAAGUUUACUAAGCACUAUUUGACCAAUCAAAUAUCAAUUCGACGGAAUUUGAGUAUCUCAUUUGAUAUUUCAAUAAUAAUAAGCUAAGACGACGGAUUGUAACCGCAUUUACAUCCAAUUUAUUAAUUAGUUAUCCGGUGUUCGAUGUUUUAUUAUUCGACGGCUUGCUGUGUCAGCAGUACGGUAACGUUCACAGUUAUAACGUAAGCUACGUAAUUGUAUUAGAGUUAAUUUCCAUUAUCGUGUCUUCUUCCCGUGCUCCGGCGUUGCUGUUGGUAUUGAUAUCGCAUUUAAUAAUUCCGACAUUUCUUCUUAGACUCUUAGUCGUAAGAGCGAGUAGUGUAGAUGCAGCAACGCCGGCGCCACUAGCGUCGGACUGUAAGUAUGCUUGAUCGCCUCGUAAGUGCUUCUACAAAGUAACGUGUCUUUAUAUUUAAAUUUUAAAUUAUAAUUAUUUUUACUGCCAACGUUUCACAAAGUGUUAAUGUUUCUAAGCGAUCCUUAUCUAAAUUUCACAUUUAAUAUUACGAUCACACAUUUUUAGUUCUGUUACGAUUGUAUGAGCGCGCGCGGUGUGGCCUCUGACGUCACGCGAGGCCGCACCGCGCGCACUAUUGCAUGUAAACCUGUGUUUAAAUAUUUUAUUUUAAAAUUUUACUUUUUUGAUGAAAAUAUAAUAAAGAUGUUUUCAAAUAA